AUGCAGCAACAAGAGACCCCCAGAUCAGAAUCUGGCCACCACGCAGUCGUAUUCGGCUGCACCGGCAUUAAUGGCUGGGCCCUGAUUAACCAGCUGCUGUCCAACUACCCCUCCCCUGGCUCAUUCUCUCGAGUGACAGCGAUUGCGAACCGUGCGUUCACAGCAGACGAGGCCCAGUGGCCGAAGGACGAUCGUCUGCAAAUCGUGUCCGGCGUGGAUCUGCUCGUCGGGGACGAUGCAGCCCUAGAGAAGACACUGACGGAGAAGAUCCCCUCCGUCGAGACAAUCAGCCAUGUGUACUACGCAGCCUACCGCGCCAGCGACAACCCCGCCGAGGAAUGUCGUCUGAACAAAGAGAUGCUUCGCGCAGCAGUCCAGACCCUCGAGACUCUUUCCCCACAGCUAUCCUUCGCUUACGGCGUCUACCUGCUGGACAAGUUCCCAUUCCGGAACCAGAUCCCCCUGAGCGAAGACCUCCCUCGUGUUCCCGCCGAAUACGCCAAGGAUCUCUUCUACUACCAUGAAGUGGAUCUUCUGCACGAGCUAUCCGCGAACAAGUCCUGGUCGUGGUGUGAAGUGCGGCCGGAUGUGAUUGUCGGCGUCGCCCCCUUCGGCAACGCCAACUGCAUGGCCCAAACACUAGGCAUCUACCUAAGCAUCUACCGACACAUCCACGGCGCCAACGCCCGCAUCCCCUUCCCCGGCACCACCACCUCCUGGAACAUCCACUCCACCGACUCCAACCAAGACCUGAUCGCGCGAUUCUGCAUCCACCUCUCCCUACACCCCUCCCCGCGCACCGCCAUCCACACCCGCGCCUUCAACAUCGCCGACAGCGCGCGCCCCGUCCCCUGGAGCGAGCGCUGGCCCGCCCUCGCCGCACAUUUCGGCCUCGUCGGGGUGGGACCCCAGGAAGGUAGUCUGCACCCGACGGAGUUUGUGGAGAGGAACUGGGAGGCCGUGAACCGGGUUUGUGAGGAGAGGGGGCUGCGGGCGGAGGUGCUCUGGAAAAGUGUGCAUAAUACGGGGGCCAGGCUGGGGAGUUUGAGAUUGAUGGAUUUCGAUAGGCCGUUUGAUCUGGCGAGGGCGAGGGGGGUCGGGUUUGCCGAGGAGUUGGGGGUGGGCGAGAGUUGGGGGAGGGCGUUUGAGAGAGUUAGAGGGGCCGGGGUUUUGCUUUGA